AUAACGGCGAGGAGUUUUUUUUAACACCAGUACACACGCAAGCGCUCAUACAUGCGCGCAUACAUUCACCCCUAUGUACGCAUAUACGCACACCCUAUUCCUAUGAGCACCUCCGAGAGACUGAGCCGGCAUGUUAUCUUGAAAUUUAUGAAGUCAUCGUAGGCGUCUCGUCGUCGACGGGAACGUCUCCUCCCACUAAAAAUGCAUCGCCAGAAAUCCUGAAAUAAAUCCAGAAAUAAUGCGAGCACCAGGACUUGAACACUGAUGGGCUGAGUCUCUUUAACCAUCCAACCACAUAUUGGUUCGCAACGGAAGGAGUUUCCAAAGUAACAGCGAGGACAAGUUUCCUCGCCAUAUAUGUAUACGUACGGGUCCUGGGUUGCUUCCAUGACCGACACGGCGAGAACAAGUCUCCCCUCGCCAUAUACACGUACGCGUCCUGUUUUUUUUUUAUUGACACAGCACCAAUUAAGUCCGACGACAGAACGAGCCGGUGGACAGGUACGUGAUGGCGUCGCCGGCCGCAUGCGCAUACUCGUGUCUUGGGCCGGCGGCGAGGGUUUGCACCGCGCCACGGCGGCGUCCGGCCUCCCCCUUCUCCCCGCUCGCCGCCCCUGCUCGCGUACGUCUACCGCGAACGGCGCCGCGCUCCCUGUCCAUGUCACUGUCGGCGCUGCGCCCGCUCGUGCACCGCUGCUAUUCUGAUCCCGAGAGCGCGCCUCGGAGCGAUCCGGUCGUCGACGACCACUCCGAUGUCGUGGACGUGGACCACACCGACGAAACCUAUGCCGGUUUGGUUCUGGGCGGCCCGGCCGUCGAGGAGCCCCGCGAGCGCGCGGCCACCACGGUCGUCGGCGAGCGCGUGGACGACGAAGACCAUCACGAUGUCGUGGCCAUGGUCCUCGGCGAUGGCACCGACGCCUUGGUUCUGAGCGGCCCGGCCGUCGAGGAGACCCGCGAGCUCGCGGCCACCACCCUCCAUGGCGAGGGCUCGCACGACGACGUGGACGACUGGGGCGACCUCGACGACGUCGUGUAUCCCGUGGGGCUGACCGUCGGGGAGAUCAAGGAGUUCAAAAACACGGACUUCAGCCGGGCCGCCAUCAACGAGCGGUUCCGGCGCGAGUCCAAGGAGGCGAAGGCGGCCGUGAUAGGCGCCGUCACCGGCGUGGUCCGCCCACUCCGGGAGCUCCUCGACGACCUGAGGAGCCUCAAGAGCGUCUUCGACACCCAGGAGUUCCACAUCGGCGUGCCCUUCGGCGCCAUCAUGGCGUGUAUGGGGAUGUACCAACUGUGGAAGCUUAGUCCCUCCACGUGCAUCGAGAUUGCCAUGUACUACGCCUUCUACAAGCUCAGCGCCAUCGCGGCCAACGUCCGGCGGCGGGGCUUCUCCCCCGACUGGAUAAUCCGGAUUAAACUCGGUAUAAUCAUCGCUCUACUUGUCAAAUAUCGUAGCAAAAGCACUGUGCCCCUUGGUGAUUAUAUCAGGGUAGCGAUCUUCAUCGUCUAUUUUAUUUCGGUGGGGUGCGACGUGCUGGGUAUGAAGAAACAUAUGAGAAUGGUUCUCCCUAUGGUCCUCGAGAUGGUAAAACAUCCAAUGGCAACGACAAUACGGUGCAAACGAGUGAAAGCUACAGGAGGGGUUGAAUAUUGCGAGAUCGAAAGAUAGGUGAAACAGAAUGUAAUAUGUUGGGAGGAUGAUGUUUCGUAAGCAUGUAAGAUGUCCAAGUUCAAACUAAUAUUCAGUUGAUUUUUUGUACAUACCUCACAAAUGAGCAUGAGUUCAAACUUGA